GUAUUGUUAGCACUUCUUCCAAAUGGGCACCUGGGAACUCCAAGGCCCCAAAGAGAGGUAAGACUGGAGUCAGCCCCCCCUUGCUCCCAUCUCAGAGCUGAGUCUCUCCUCUCGCUUUCUCUCUGGACAGGUCUUACAGAUCUCUGUGGCAGAAUGGGGCUAGCUGGAUCCCUCUGUCCUCACCUGACAUGGACUUGCAGCCCAUUGAGCUGGCUGCCAAGAGCAACCAUUAUUGUCAUGAGAAGGGCCCUGACAGUCCCUGGGACCCCAAGAAGAAGCAGGCCUGGCGCCAGCUCUGUGUGGCCGCUGCCUUCUGCCUGUUGUUCAUGAUUGGGGAAGUCAUUGGUGGGUACCUAGCUCAUAGCCUGGCGAUCAUGACAGAUGCAGCCCACCUGCUUACUGACUUUGCCAGCAUGCUCAUCAGCCUCUUCUCCCUCUGGAUGUCCUCCCGGCCAGCCACCAAGACCAUGAAUUUCGGCUGGCAGCGAGCUGAGAUCCUGGGCGCCCUGCUCUCUGUGCUGUCCAUCUGGGUCGUGACUGGGGUACUGGUGUACCUGGCGGUCGAACGGCUGAUCUCCGGGAACUAUGAGAUCGUGGGGGGCACCAUGCUGAUCACGUCGGGCUGUGCUGUGGUCGUGAACAUCAUAAUGGGGUUUAUCCUUCACCAGUCCGGCCAUGGCCACGGGCACAGCCACGGCCAUGGGCAUGGCCAUGACCAUGGGCACAGUGACAGCGCCAGCCAGCAUCAGGAGAAUCCCAGCGUCCGAGCUGCCUUUAUCCACGUGAUUGGAGACUUUUUGCAGAGCUUGGGCGUUUUGGUGGCUGCCUACAUUUUAUACUUCAAGCCCGAGUACAAGUAUAUAGACCCCAUCUGCACCUUCCUCUUCUCUGUCCUCGUCCUGGGGACAACGUUGACCAUCCUGAGAGAUGUGAUCGUGGUGCUGAUGGAAGGGACCAAGGGCGUGGACUUCACAGCUGUGCGGGAUCUGCUGCUGUCGGUGGAGGGGGUGGAAGCCUUGCACAACCUGCAUAUCUGGGCGCUGACCGUGGCCCAGCCUGUCCUGUCUGUGCACAUUGCCAUCGCUCGGAACACAGAUGCCCAGGCUGUGCUGAAGGCAGCCAGUGCCUGCCUGCAGGGGAAGUUCCACUUCCACACUGUGACCAUCCAGAUCGAGGACUACUCUGAGGACAUGAAGGACUGUCAGUCAUGCCAGGGCCCCUCGGCCUGACCGCCUGGCCAGGCACCACCUGGAGCAUGGACAGGCCUGCAGAUGGCCGGACAGAGUGUCCCCCAGGCUGAGCCAGGACUCCGCCUAGCCUGACUCUGUUAUAAACCGGGUGCCUCUCCUGAUCGCCACUCCACGUUCAGGGUGGAGGAGCCUUGUCCCGCUCCAGGAAUGGGCUCUUCCUCUGCCUCCCAUAACUGCCUACA